AUGGAUUUGAACAGCAAAACCACCGUCUCCGGCGAUCUUAGCUCCAAGCAACCAAACGGAAAUGAUGGAGCCGAGCGGAUUAAACAUGGUGGCAAAUCCGGUGCUUCCUCCGCCAAGCCGAUGAAACCUCUGCUGCCUCCUUCGCCGUACCGAUCAAAAGAUACAUGGUCACGGAAUAAUUGGAGUGUGAAGGCAAUCCGUAGAAAGACGACCGGAACUGGAAGGACGAGGUAUCUUCGCAAUGUGCCUCGCAGGUUCAAGACUGGUUUCAGAGAAGGUACCGAAGCGAAGCCAAGGAACAAGGGUGCAGCUUCAUCAGCUUAAACAUUUUUUUGAGUGCUCGCAGGAAGAGAUUUGGUUGGGGGUACUUUCACCCUGAAGUUGAGGCUAUCCCCAUUUAACUUCUCCUCAUUCCUUCACCAUUUCCAGGAUAUCUGACUGGAAACAACGUCCACCAAUGCCAAACGUUUCCGAAGGUGUACGUUUAACCAAUAGUUUGAAACAGUUCUAUGUUUAUUGUUUAUGUUGUUUAUUUUUUAAAAUGGUUCUUUAGUAAUGAUAACAACCCAGGAGAUAACAUGACCGGAGCUAGAGCAGUGGCUACUAAGCCCUCAGAAACCGUCACCAAAGUUUCCCCUGCAUGAUGCAGCUGCUCAAAGAGGCGUCCAUCAUGCAACUGUUACCGGUGAAGUAACAGCUGAGGAAGCAGGAGUGCAGGAGGAUAGCAUUGGAAAAACACUCAAUUCUUAGUUUUCUAGCUUAGCGAGUGGCAAAGUCUAUAAAGGAUUAGAAUAAUGGUUUAGAAUUUCAUUGUUUAUUGAAUCUUUUCAUUGAUGGGGUUUUUACAUUUUGUUAUCGUGGCUUGGUCACUACGUUUCCUAGGUCAAACUUUCCUUGCCCUACAACCCAGCUAGAGAACAGAUGCUUGCUUAUAGAUCUUUUUUAUUUACCAAUGUUUUCGUAUACAACAACUCUUUCAUCUUACACCGAAGAA